GGGAGUCCACCUAUAAUCCAAAAAUUUGUGGCCGAUAACACGAUAAGAUAGAUAAGGUCCGAUCCUCAUAACACACAUAUAUAUUCAUGGAAUCCUAUUCUGCGAGGCCAUAAGUCUUCAGACCCAGGAGGAGGCACAGUUACAACAUCCACUGAGCAGCAGAAGAAGGCAUCUCUAACCAAAGCCUUGAGAGAGAGAUGGCGAAGUGUUUACAAGUCCUCUUUUUCGUGGUGGGGGCCAUUUGCUGUGCAGGAAUUGGGGCAGGCUUUACGGUGCUCUUCAUGAACUUUGCAAAGGACAGCUCGCCCAACGAGGAGGUACAUGCUGAGUGCUUCCUGGUUCAAAACCCUGGUGAGCCAGGAGACGUGGGAGGCGUCAUCGUUUUUCACCAUAUGAGAGACUCGACCACCAUUCAUAUCGAGGGCAACGUCACAGGCCUGUCUAAGGGACUCCACGGCUUCCACAUCCACACCUAUGGUGUCGUGGACGGCGACUGUGGAGCAGCCGAGGCUCAUUACAACCCAGACGGAUUCGUCCAUGGCGGCCCUGAUGCCGAACAGAGGCACGUUGGUGAUUUGGGAAACAUCGAGAGCGGUGAGGAUGGAAUUGCUCACGUAAAUAUCCACGACAACAUAGUGUCGCUGUACGGUGACAGAGCAGUUGUAGGCCGAAGCGUAGUUGUCCAUGCCAAAGAGGACGACUUGGGACUAGGUGGCGACGAAGGUUCCCUGACAACUGGCAAUGCAGGAGCUAGAUUAGCCUGCUGUACCAUUUUCUUGGCCCCCCACGACUAAGGAAAUUGAACUGACAGAACUGCAGACUGCAUCCAACAUUGCCAAGAAGCAUCUUCAGGAGGGAUGGUGAUUUUCUGAUGUGCUAUGGCAAUAAAUUUUUGAUCCAGUCCUA